UCUGACCUCACAUCCGUCUCUCCAGAUAGGUUUUUGUCUGCCGGCAUUUUCUUUUUGUUUUGCCUGUGCCGACUAUAGCUCUUGGAUUCAUCUUCUUUGUUGUCGACCGGGUUUUUUUUUGCUGCACAAUGCCUGGAUUUUCAGACCGAGAUCGCGGCAGAGAUAGAGGGUAUGGUGGAGGACCUCCUCGUUUUGGUGGUGGUGGUGGUGGAGGAGGUGGUGGUGGUGGUGGAGGAGGUAAUAGGAGCGGACCUCCUCCAGGAAAGUUUGGCAACCCUGGUGAGAGGCUACGAAAGAAGCACUGGAACCUCGACGAGCUUCCUAAGUUUCAAAAGAACUUCUACCAGGAACAUCCAGAUGCAACUCGCAGACCACCUCAAGAGGUUGAACAGUACAGAAGAAGCAAAGAAGUUACGGUCAAGGGCAGAGAUUGCCCCAAACCAAUUAUAAAAUUCCACGAAGCUGCAUUUCCAAGCUACGUCAUGGAAGUAAUUGCCAAACAGAAUUGGACCGAUCCAACUCCAAUUCAGUCUCAGGGGUGGCCAGUUGCCCUGAGUGGCAAAGACAUGGUUGGCAUCGCUCAAACUGGUUCUGGGAAAACCCUUGCAUACCUUCUGCCUGCAAUUGUGCACAUCCAACAUCAGCCAUUCUUGGAGCACGGAGAUGGGCCUAUUUGCUUGGUGCUGGCGCCAACCCGUGAGCUGGCUCAGCAGGUGCAACAAGUGGCUGCUGAAUACGGCCGGGCCUCCCGUCUCAAGAGCACCUGCAUCUACGGUGGGGCCCCCAAAGGACCCCAAAUCAGGGACCUUGAGAGAGGUGUUGAGAUUUGCAUCGCUACCCCAGGUCGUCUCAUUGACUUCCUUGAGUGUGGUAAGACUAAUUUGCGUCGUUGCACCUAUCUGGUGCUGGAUGAAGCAGACCGCAUGCUGGACAUGGGAUUUGAACCUCAGAUCCGCAAGAUAGUGGAACAAAUUCGGCCAGACCGUCAGACCCUGAUGUGGAGCGCCACCUGGCCUAAGGAAGUCCGCCAGCUGGCUGAGGACUUCCUAAAGGACUACGUCCAGAUCAACAUCGGCGCACUGCAGCUCAGUGCCAACCACAACAUCCUGCAGAUAGUUGAUGUUUGCAAUGACAUGGAGAAGGAGGACAAACUGAUCCGUUUGCUGGAGGAGAUUAUGAGUGAAAAGGAGAACAAGACCAUUAUUUUUGUGGAGACCAAAAGGCGUUGUGACGAGAUCACCAGGAGGAUGAGAAGAGAUGGGUGGCCAGCAAUGGGAAUUCAUGGAGACAAGAGCCAGCAAGAGAGGGACUGGGUCCUUAACGAGUUCAGAUAUGGCAAAGCUCCAAUCCUCAUCGCUACAGAUGUGGCCUCCCGUGGCUUGGAUGUGGAGGAUGUGAAAUUUGUCAUCAAUUAUGACUACCCUAACUCCUCCGAGGAUUAUAUCCAUCGCAUUGGACGCACUGCCCGAAGUCAAAAAACGGGCACAGCCUACACCUUCUUCACCCCCAACAACAUGAAACAGGCCAGUGACCUGAUCUCUGUGCUCCGCGAGGCCAAUCAGGCCAUUAACCCCAAGCUGAUCCAGAUGGCAGAGGACAGAGGAGGUCGUGGAAGAGGGGGAAGAGGUGGCUACAAGGAUGACCGUCGGGAUAGGUAUUCUGGGGGUGGGAGGAGCAGCUUUGGCGGUAGUAGCUACAGGGACAGGGACGGUGAUAGAGGGUUUGGCGCAGGGCCGAAGAGUGCCUUUGGUGGCAAUAAGGCUCAAAACGGUGGCAGCUAUGGAGGUAACAGUGGGAACUCUAGUGGUAGCUAUGGCAACAACAAUUAUAGCAACAGCAACGGACAGGGUAAUUUCGGUGCUCCGGCGAAUCAGGUGGGUGCUUUUGGUAACCAAAGCUUCCAGGGGCCCCAUCAGUUUGGGGCCAUGCAGAGGGCCGGUCAGAAUGGCAUGAACCACCCACCAUUCCAAUUCAACUCUCAGCCACCACCUCCACAGGCCCAACAGCCACCACCUCCACCACCAAUGGUGCCCUACCCCAUGCCACCACCUUUCCCACAGUAGAUAUGAUAUACGCACAAUAUAUGGAACCAACGUGAUUUUGGUUUAGUCUUGAAAUCUUUCAGUAUGAUUAUUAUUAUUAUUAUUAUUAUUAUUAUUAUUAUUAUUAUUAUUAUUAUUAUUAUUAUCAUCCUUUGUACUGUUUAACUUUGUUUUGCUUACAGCAGGGUUGGAAUUAUUCAGUACACCCAGAGCAUUAACUGGAGUCAUAGACACGUCUCCUAGUGCAAUUAUGAUUGCAGCACUUUUUCCUUGACUGUUUUUUUUGUUGUUACAUUCCUCAGUAAUUUAUUUUUACUAGGUAAUGAAGUGUUUUUUCAGUUUGUGGUAUGUUUUAAAGUGAUGUUAUGAGUCAUAUAAAAAGGGUGCGUGUGACCCUUUUAAAUAAAAAUAAGAAAAUCGGA